AUGGUCAACGUACGCAACAUCGCCGCCUCUCUGGCGUUCUCCUCCAUCAUCGGAGCUGCCGUCGCUCAUCCUGGCGACCCCGCGGACGAGGUUAAGCGUGAGCUUGAAUCACACAAGUCGGCCCGCCCCUUCGCUCGCCGCGCUCUCAACUCGUGCGCCGGCUCUCCUGAGACCGCUGCCCUGAAAGCCCGCUCCGUUGCCCGCCGUGCUGCCGCUGCGGAGGCCCUCCGCCAGAAGCGCGGUCUGGCGGGUCAGGUGAUGAGGACCAAGCGAGACCUGGUUGACCUUGAGCAAUGGGCGACCGUUGACCACGACUCCUCCGCCCUCGGAUACUCGCUGGACACCCCGCUGGAGACCAUCUUCGACUCCAAUGCUACCUGUGCUCUCGUUCCAGAGGUGACCAUCGGCCCUUACUGGGUUGCUGGUGAACUGAUCCGAGCCGACGUCACUGACGCUGAGCCCGGUGUCCCCGUUCAUCUCGACCUGCAGUUUGUGGACAUCAACACCUGCGAGCCGAUUCCGGACAUGCUCAUUGACAUCUGGCACUGCAACUCCACCGGCGUCUACUCCGGUGUCAAUGCCACCGGGCAGGGCGGCCUUGAUGCCACUUACCUUCGUGGUAUCCAAGGUACCGACGCCGACGGUGUUGCCCAGUUCGACACCAUCUUCCCCGGUCAUUACACUGGCCGCGCUCCUCACAUUCACCUGAUGAGCACCGAGAACGCCACCAUAUUGUCCAACAACACGUACCUCAGCGGAAAGCCCAACCACAUCGGCCAGCUGUUCUUCGACCAGGACUUGAUCACCGAGGUCGAGACCUUGACCCCGUACACCGCCAACACCCAACGUCUUACCCUCAACGUCGACGACGGCAUUGACGCCCAGACCGCCACGGAGGACUACGACCCGUUCGUUGCCUACGUCCGUCUUGGCGAUGACCUCAACAGCGGUGUCCUCGCUUACCUGACCGUCUUCGUCGACACCACCGCCAACUACACUUCCAGCGCCCGUGCUGCUGCUCACUACUAUGAAGGAGGUGGUGUUUCUACUGGCAACACUGGCGGUGGCGGUCCCCGUCCUUAA